AGAUUGCAGGCAUUUUCUGUCUCAUCAGCUCACUCCUAGAAGGCUAGAAACAAUGAUUCAAAUUCUGGAAAAUUUCCAAACAUUUCUUCUGUUUAGAAAUCAAUGUUUCCUCGACUGUCGGACAAACUCGCUCGCAUCCCCAAAACACAAGUUGCGUAGGACUUGCCGGAAAAUCAAGAAAUUUCAGCGCCUUCAAUUUUCAUCACCAGUCAAGAGCCAACUAACUGCUCUGGAUAAGGCUGAAGCUAAUUAUGAGUCAGAAUUACGUCUCUUCCCUCAUGUGCAAACCCUCGGACAGUUUCCAAAGGAAGAACUAUUUGGGAAAGUUGUGAUGGUUAGAUUUGAUUCAACCAUUUUGCCAGUGGAUAAGAAGAAACUAGCCCACCAAUCCGCUUCCACAGUUAAGUAUCUUUGUGAAGCUCGUGCAAAAGUAAUUCUAGUGGGUAGCUGGAGUUCAACAAUUAAUUCUAAGCCUCUUGCAUUAGAAGCUGUUGCAGAAUACCUUUCAUCUGUUCUACAACUCAACGUUAUACCAACAAAACUUGGUUCUUCAGAGAUGAUGGCUUGGAUUGAAAAAAGAACAGAGCUUGACAUCCUUCUGCUUGAGAAUAUUUCUCAGUUAAAAGAUGAUGUUUCCAACUGUCAAAAGUUUGCCCAACAGCUAUCGUUUGGUGUUGAUAUUUUUGUUAAUGAUUCAUUUUCUGAAGUGCAUAAAAUUCUUGCUUCAACUGUUGGUAUUGCUUGCUUCUGUUCUGCCUGCAUUGCAGGGUUCCACUUUCAGCUGGGCCUAUCUCAACUAGAAAAGAUCAACAGGACCGAUAAAAAGCCCUAUGUUGCCAUAAUUGGUGGUGGUAAUCUCAUAGACAAAGCUGCUGCCUUGCAUUUUUUAGCAUCUAUCUGUGAUGCUUUGGUGUUUGUUGGAGAAAUGGCAUUUCAAAUAAUGCAUGCCUUUGGAUUGCCUGUUCCCAUUAAAUUUGUGGAACGCAAAGGACUCAAACAAGCCCAUGCCAUAGUUGAGGCUGCAAAGGCAAGAAAUAUAGAAAUUGUAUUACCAAAAGAUUUUUGGUGCAUAAAUUAUAGUAACCCACAUCAGAUGGAGAUAUCUUCAGCUUCUUCCAUUUUAGAUGGUUGGAAACCUGUUGAUCUUGGACCCAGCACAUUGGAGGAAAUUUCAAGCUUUCUUUCAAAAUUCAAGAAAAUUAUGUGGAUAGGCCCAGUAAAAUUCAGCUCCUCAAAUCUCAAUGCUGGUGGAGCAUCCAAGUUAGCAGCAAUGAUUGAUGCUCUAAGUCAAAGGAAUUGUGAUGUAAGUAUUGUUGGGAAAAUGGCAUGUGAUGCAUUUCAUGGGAAUUCCAGCUCUGCCACAGCUGAAAACAUGAUUCAAAAUGCUUCUGUUGUUUGGGAGUUUCUGAAAGGAAGAAAUCUUCCCGGGCUCUUGGCACUAGAUAGAGCAUACCCAUUUGAGAUGGAUUGGAAAUCUAUAUAUAAUGAUCCCGACAGGCCUCUUGUUGUUGAUAUUGGAAGUGGGAAUGGCUUGUUUCUUUUUGGAAUGGCAAGGAGGAGGAAGGAUUUCAAUUCUCUUGGCCUCGAGAUAAAUAGGAAGUUGGUGAAACGUUGUCUGGACCAUGUUUCUCAAUCUCUUAUGAAGAAUGUACACUUUGUUGCAACAAAUGCAACAUCAACUUUUCGGUCCAUUAUUUCCAGUUACCCUGGAAGGCUGGUUCUUGUAUCAAUUCAGUGUCCAAAUCCUGAUUUCAACAAACCAGAACACCGGUGGAGGAUGUUGCAGAGGUCAUUGGUUGAAGCAAUAGCCGACUUACUUGCCUCUGGAGGGAAGGUAUUUCUCCAAUCUGACAUUGAAGAAGUUGCUAUUAGAAUGAAAGAAGAAUUUUCAAAAUAUGGAAAGGGAAAGCUUACAGUUGAAAAUUUGGAUAAAGCUGCUAUUCACCAAGGUGGUUGGCUGAAGGAAAAUCCAUUUGGCAUUCGAUCAGAUUGGGAGCAGCAUGUUCUGGAUCGAGGAGACCCCAUGUACAGGUUGUGUCUGUCGAAAUCAGAAAGCAGUGGCUAAACAGUUAUACAACAUGGAUACCAUGUCACAUGAACCUCAUUUUCAAUGGGUUGGAUAUCGAUCAUUCUCAAGGAUGCAUCACAGAAAUAGCAAGUUGUCAGCAUAUAUAUAUGCAUGGGCCGGCUAAACAUCUAGCAUAUAUCUCCAUCAGCCGGCACAAUCAUUACAAGUGAACAUGCCUUUUUGCUUCUAAUUAACUAAGUUUUAUUUGAUCAUCAGUAUCUAUCAGUGCCAUAAUUUUGUUUUUAAGAUCAUAUAUUCCUAGAUAAUACUAAUAUGAUAAAUGCUAAUGACAAAAUCAUUAAUUAUAUAUUGUAGAUUCUUCAAUUCCUUAGCUUGCCCUUGUUCUCUCCUUCAAUUCAUUCCAGAUCAAAGAGAAUUGAAGCUCCUGAUCAGUUUCAGGAAAAUGGUAGAAAAUAACCAAAA